AAAAUAUUAUAGUUAGUCACAAUCAUUUCUCGGAAUGGCGAAAGGCAAAACCUAAGCCCAAAAAAGACGAAAAACGAACCCCGGCGCGAAAUCUUAAUGACGCCAAUGAUGUAAGAUAUGCAAUAAAGAUGACCAUUGGC